AUAGAUUUCUCGCCCUUGAAGAAAGCUGAGGAAAUGUUAAAGAAACAAAAGGUAAACUUACAUAAUGACAAACGAGAUAGCGCGUUUAUUACACUCUAAAAACACUCUGGUUAAAUUCAACCAGGAAUUGGGUUAAUAAUCCACCCAACACAUUCUGGUUAAAUUUAACCCAUUUCCUGGUUAAAAAUUAUCAAUUCAACAAAAAUUUGGUAGGCUACACUUUUUUGGACUUUUAACCAGGAAAAUUUUUUUAACCAGACUUGUGUAGGUGGAUUUUUAACCCCGUACUGGUUGAAUUAACCCAAAUUUAACCAGAGUGUUUUUAGAGUGUACCGGCGUGUAAAAUACCAAAUUGUGUUUUGAAACACGAGGCGCUAGCCGAGAUUUUUCCAUACAGUUUGUGGUGUUUAUACGCCGGUAAUAAACAGCUUUCAACUUUGCCACAUUACGUUUUGAACGGACUUCUAUUUAAAGAGAAAUUCAAGACGAUGGUUGAGUUCAUUAUUACCGUGAUAUCAAGACAACGAUACGAAAACAGCAAAGUUUUUAACGUUUUUACCAGAAUUAGAGCUUUUAUAGCCUAAUUCGAAAACAUAUGUUAACAUAUUGGGCAUGUUUGUAUUCAAUACAAUUUAUCUCCAACAGCAGUGAAAAAUAAUAUAAGCACGGUCUAAGACUAACGCCUGUAUUCUAAAUGCUCACACUCAAAGAGUGGAGGUUCACUCUGAGCUUCCCUUGAGUGUCAGUUUCGAAUAGCUGGAGGGUUAGUGCCAUACCUUACUAUGUCACUACUCACCCUCCAGCUAUUCAAAAACAGCACUGACACACAAGGGGGAGCUCAGAUUGAACUCCACUCUUUGAGUGUGAGCGUGAAUGAGCUUUUAGAAUGCAGGCAUAAGUGCAAAAAUCUGUAAUCAAUAUCAACCAAUCACCUUGAGAAGAUUUCAGGGGGAAGUUACAAUCGCAACCACAAAGAUAGCGCUGACGGCAACUACCGACGACUCAAGUUUGUAUCAAAAUUUGCAUUGGCACGCCAAAUGUAUUCACGCUCACAGUAUUAUGAAUGUUUUGUAUUCAUAAUAAUUUUCUUUUUUGUUUUUCCAUUCUAGAUCAAUGAAGCCAGAUCAUUAGCUUCGCGGUUCAUGUUAGCAAACCCUUUCUGCAUCGGAGUUAUCCCCUAUGAAAAUGUUGGUAAAGACACCUUAACUAUGUGUGUUUACGUGGAUAGUGAUGGCAACGGAAUUCCACAGGAUAUUCAAGAUGCCGCGAAAGAAAUGUUUGCCGAUUAUGUUAUCGACUGGAUAGAUCUUCAACAACGCCCUCCGUGUAAGAUCGUUUCCGAACUUCCGUCGUCUAAAAAACAGAAUGGGAAAGAACUAUCAGAUCUGUCUAGGACAAUCGAGAAAAACCUCCACGUCUUUGACAAGCGGUUAAAUGUCACAGCAGUUUGUGCUUCCUAUAAAGUAACUGACUUCAAAGAGGAGGAUACUCUAUGUGUGACAGUGUUUGUGAUGGAAAAAGGAAGAGUUCCCGCGGGGGAAACCGACAUUGAGCUGGAAGAAAAACUAAAUCAUUAUCAAUUUGACGUUGUCGAGGGGUAUUAUAAAUCGACACGUAAACUUUCCUCCUCUGACAUGAUGGCUCAUGCCGAUCCUUUGCGUGGUGGCGUUGGAAUAGGUGUGAAAGGGUUACCUGGUGCUGGCACUUUGGGAGGAUUUUUAGAAGACGAAGAAGGAAAUUGUUAUAUUCUUUCUAACCAGCAUGUGCUUCAUCCAUGUGAAGUAAAAAAUAACCCACCUAAUGACACCAGCGAUGCCAAAGUGAAAGAUUGCACUAACGAUGUGGUACGUGGCGCCGGCAUUUCAGGAGAAUUGUCGGAAGACGUAGAAGGAAACAGUUUUAAUCGUUCGAAUCAACAUGUUUUUCAUCUACCUGAAGUAGGAAAUAACACAAACGUUGUCGAACUGGACAAUAGCACCAAUAAAUUUAAUAUUAUCGAACAGCCUUCUCAAUCAGAUUAUGAGAAAAUGUUUCAGGAUGCCAAAGAUACUUUAGAUAAGCAUGUGGACAAAAAAUCAAAUUUUGAGAAUCCGAAUCCUGAAAGAGGGCCAAGACAAGAAAGGAAUCCCAAAUAUUUGAAUCGCAUGAGGGAGACGUACGACGAAAAUAUAAAGCAAGCACAAAUUGAGUUAAGAAAAAUUGAGAAAGGCAAACCAAGGGAAAUUGGAAAAUAUGUUUAUGGUUUGCAAGGUAAUGUGAAAUUGGACGAUCUUGAAAUUUAUGUCGACGCAGCCAUUGCCGAGCUGAACGAGUGCGAGUUACAGUGUAUGAAGUACGAUAAGGGUUUAGAAAGUAACACAAAUUGUCCAGUAUAUGGGUUUGAAAAUAUCGAAGAUUUUAGUCCCAAUGGUGAAACGAUUGAUUUGGAAAACUUCCAUCGAGAAUUGCGUAUGAAAGAGUCAGAACGGUUUUUUGUGAAGAUUGGUCGAGGAACCGGGUUUACUGACGACGGUUUUAUUGACACCUCGAUGAAAGAAUUGUUUGUAAAGAUGCCUGCUGCUCCCGAAAAUAAGAUUCCUGCUCCCGAAAAUAAGAUUCCUGCUCCUGAGGCAGGCGCUACUGCAUCGUUUGACAUCCCGUUGCCUUUCUGUGAGAAUUGUAUACAGUCAUUUGUAAGUGAAAAAGAAAAAAUCGACCAGAAGGAAUAUUUUGAAUUGAGUAAAAAUUGCAUGAAAUGUGACAAAAGAAUUGGCAAAAAAGAUGGCGAAAAAAAGAACGAUGAUGUCGAAGAUCAUGUCCGGUUUUUCUGGGCGCGUAAUUGCGUUGUUAUCCGAAAGCAAAAAGAAUCUUUUUGUAAACCAGGAGAUUCGGGCGCCUUAGUGUUUGGCAAGGAUAAUCGGGCUUGGGGCUUGUUGUUUGGUACAUAUGAUGUUGGAAUAAAGAACUCCGAUUACUGCUUAGCGUCACCACUUAGUGCAGUUUUGAAAGCUCUGGAACAGAAAACUGGAAAAAAGGGACUUAAACUUUGGUGAGUAUCACCAGGGCUAUCACAUUCACAGUUACCACAUGGUAUUCUCUUUUGCCAAGUAAAAUAUACGUUUAUACGUAUUAUUACCGCAUGAGUCAGCAGUCAUGUUGUAUUGUUUAUUUUAUCUAACACAUACGCGAAUGCUGUAAAUACCUUGUGAUUCGUCUUAAUGAAAAUGUUCAUAUUCUUCAUACCCCGUUUACACCAAAGAAAAAGAUUUUAGAUUCAUCACGAAAACGAAAUCUAUUAUAGUGCCCGACUCAUGUUGCCGUUUAUACAGGCAACGACGAAUUUGAUAGGAAAAUCAUCUCGGUUUUGAGCCGCAUCUGAAAACUUUCAGUCUGGAUAUGAAUGUACAAUCUUUCCCGGCGGCUAUAUAAGUAUUGUCUUCGAGUGUUUAUACUUACUUUAGCGUUUUUGAGCAUUUGUUAUAUUCAUUGACAAAGAAUCUUCACUUGUUUGUUCUUCAUCCAGUAUAAACGCUCGUAUCUGAAAACCUGUCUUCAUACUGUCGUAGUGUAAACGGUUUACCUAUAUCCAAAUAAUUUAAUCUGGAAACUUUGGUGAAUCCGGGAUCUAUUGCUUUAGUGAAGUCAGGUCUAAAUAAUUAGCAUGGACAGGUCGAAAGCUUUGUCAACAAAAAAUACUUUAACUGAAGUAAUCUUAUGGUCUCUUAUGCAGUAAUACAGCCUAUAUACAGCAUGAGCGGCCGCGUUUUGUAUAUUUUAUCAGGGCUAUUUAUACAACACAUGCGCGAAUGCUAUAUAAAUAGUUUAUAUCAGAUUCUGUAUUUUAUGAUUAUGGAUUCUAUGUUCUCUUCAUAAUUUACAAUAUUAGCAAAAAUUAUAGGAAACAUAUCAUAUUUUCAUAUAAUUUCGUAUACCAAACACCUCGGGUAAUAAGACGGUGUGAAAUACUAGAUUGUUCCAAGUUUAUGAUCGAAGAACAAACUUAGAUAAACGGAAUUUAUUUAAAUACUUCAAAAUGUUGUUUACAUUUUAUUCAUUUUUUUAUUAAAAGGUGCGAGAGAGAUGAAGAAACUAAAGAGAAGAAAGGAAAUGACGAAAAGAAAGAAAACGAAGAAAAUGUAGAAAAUGAUGAAAGUGAAGAAAAGAAAGAAAAUGAAGAAAAGAAAGAAAACGAAGAAAAGAAAGAAAACGAAGAAAAGAAGGAAAACGAAGAAAAGAAAACGAAGAAAAUGUAGAAAAUGGUGAAAGUGUAGACAAUGAUGAAAAUGAAGAAAAGAAAGAAAAUGAAGAAAAGAAAGAAAAUAAAGUAAUGAAGAAAUGAUAAAACUAUUCACGGGUAUGUGGGUAUUCUAUUUACUGGUAGGUUUCAGUAAAGUUUUACGGGGCAGCAGAUGGUGGUCAACUUUGAUGUUUCGCACUUAUAGAAACAUGCAAAUUUAGUUACAUCUCUCAAUCAUGUUGAUUUGCCUCCAAAUGCAAGAUAAUAUUACAGCAUAAUAAGAGUGAGACUGAGUUACGAUUUAAGAAGUAGCAGACAUUUUAAUAUGUGCAAUAUACGCACGAACCGCUUCCAAAACUCUUUUAUUCCUGCUAUGUGUAGUAGUUUAGUAUAGAUUGCACGGUUUAACUUGUUUUUAAACGAUCUUUGGUACAGGGUUGGUUUUCUAAAAUUUUUAUGCAUGCUUUUUAAAUAGAAUCUGUAAAUUCAUUAACUCAUGUACAUAAGCAGUAUAUUAAUAAUACAAGUAGAGUAGUGCUUUUUUGGUGAUACAUGUACACCACGCAAUUCAGUUAUUGGCUGCAAUGUGGUAAAAUUUUUAAUUAAACUAUAAAAAUAAAAAAUGAACAUAAUUUUUUUCCUUUGACAACUGCUGGUUGACCACCAUCUGCUCCUUGAUAGUGCUUACUGAAACCCAGCAAUACUAGUAAAACAAUUUGCCAUAACAAAAAAUGGCAGCAAGAUAAUAAUAAUAAUAAUGAUAAUAAUGAUAAUAAUGAUAAUAAUGAUAAUAAUGAUAAACUUUAUUUAAACUGUGAGACCCAUUCAGCUAAUUAAAGCUGGUCUUACCCGGGUGAACAGUAUUUACAGUUAUGGAAUACUUACAUAUAUAUACGUUUAUAUACAAUAUUACAAUCAGUAAAAAUUACAAACUACACCUAUCUUUAAAAACAGUUCUUUGCAAAUAUAAAUUGGAAGCGAUAACGGUUAAAAACUGUUUGACAUGUCACAUCAAUUUAGGGAGGAUUAGCAACCAUUAUGGUGUCCGUAUCUGGGAUUAUUCUAUGCUGGAUUUGCUACUGCUUCUUGCAGUUGAGGAAAUUUUUGUGAAGUUGCAAAUAGACUUUACUGGGGUUGCUUGGUCGAAUUUUUAUUUCCAGUCGAAACGAAAGAUAAAAAAUGUACCACUUUUUAUACCACAAUUGUAUUCAACAAGUAAUUCACAAGGAAAAAGGAAUAUUAACCAAAAUGGAAGUAGUUUAGAGGACCGAUGUCAUGUGGAAAAUGAGCCACUAUUGUAUAUUGAGUGUGCUGCUCACUGAUGUGGUUUAUCAAACAUUUUUAAAAUUUUAUCGCAGCCGUUUUAAACUUCACAAAGAACUGUUUGUAUGAUCGACAUGCCGCUAUCUUCAGACUUGGAAAAAAUAUCCAAUGUUCCUCGGAUCCCAAGUUUGCCCAUUUCAAAUGUUCCUCAAAUCACACAGGAACUAUGGGGUAUUUUUUGCAUAAACUAACUAUACCUAUGUAAAAACCGUUUAAAACAGUACUGUACUUUUUAUAUUUAAAACACCUUCACUGAUUAUUGUUUUACAUCUUGCUAACCUUACAUAGGCAGACUGAAACAGAGCCUACUGUAUAUAUAAUAGGCUUUGUUGUAUUUAUUGUAUUUACCUACUGUAAAAGGUUAUUUAUUUUGUUCAUUCAACUGACGAAUGGAACCAAUGGCUUCCUUAAUAGUUUAAUAGGGUAUAUAGUAUAAUAAUUUAAUAACCACCAGUAGAUUUGUUCCUCGUGGCAUUCUGUCAGCAAAGUAUAGAAGUACUGCACUGUCACACUGAUACUCAUGGAUGAAAAUUCGGACAGAAUUUGUUCAGAAAUUCAUAUUUUGGCUAAGUUGGCGGAUAACGAAUACUGAAUGCCCUCAGCUUAAAUGUCUUAAAUAUUGAAGAAAAAAGUCUUCCAGUUUACAUGAAUAUUAAUACAACUUCAUUAUGGUUUAAUAAUGUACUAUAUACUACUGUACUAUUUUGUAAUAGAAUCCUCA